AAAAAUUUCUUUAACCUACAAUAAGAAAAAAACGAGAGAAAAAAUAAUAAAAGGAGGAAAAUAAAUUUAUACACAUAUUUAAAAAAUCUAUAACGUUUGCUAUUAAACGUCGUAUUUAAUUGAAAAAAACGAAUAUGAAAUUGUUAUAUAUACACUCAAUCUGUGCUGAUAGACUUGGAAUUGGGCUGUGUAAUCUGCUCGACAAUUGAUUUAAAUAUUUUCGCUGUAUUGGAAUCCGGUAAUUCCGUAAUCACUGAUCGUGUCGUACCCACUAAUACAUUUAUUCGUGGAUCUAUUGGUAAUGUUCCUAGAUGUGGAACACCAGCUCGUUUUGCCAACUCAACGCCCCCAUUAGAGGAAAAUAUAUUUGUGCAGUUGCUGCAUUUCGGGCAUACAAAUCUAGAAUAUAAUGAGUCGUAACAUAUUGUAAAAUUUUUUUAAUUGUAUCAACAUACCCACUCAUAUUUUCCACAAUACCUAACACUUUGACACCGGUUUUUCGACAAAAGGUCAGUUCCUUUCGUACAUCAUCUAAAGCAACGCCCUGUGGAGUGGUAACCAUAAUAGCGCCAUCACAUUUUACAUCACGCAUACAUUCCAUUACUGUUAUGUGUUCAUCUGAAGUUCCUGGCGGUGUAUCAAUAAUCAAGACCCCUCCAAAUUACGGGAUCAUUGCGGUUCUUCAAUAAAAAACCAAUUGACAUGACAGCGAGAGUUUUAUCUUCCCCCGUGUAAAUAGGUACCCAACCUUCAUCACAUUGGUAUACAUCGCUUUGUUCUAAACCAAGCAAGAAAGGAACACUUGGACCACAUAAAUCUAUAUCCAAGAACGUAGAAUCAACACGAGAUAAUGAAUUUCGCCAUAAUAGAAGUUUAUUUAAGAAUCUAGCUGUCAAAAAUAAGUUCAAUGGUGUGAAUCAGCUGUUUAUAAACAAGAUACCUGCCUUCGUCGAGACAACUACAAAAAAAUUACAACAAAAAUUUAUAUUUAAUAAAUAAUAUUUAAUCAGUGCUUUCCGUAAAUUUUAGCUAUAUAUUAAUUGAAUCGAGUUUUAAAUAAAAUGUUAUAUUUUACUAACUUUUGAGAUGUAGAAAUUAUGGGUAUAUUACUUACAUAUGUCAAUAAGGUUUAUUUACGUAUAAAGUGAAGGAGAAAAGUAAGAUGAAAAUACAAAAUAAAAUGUAUGGCGAAUUUUAAAACCAUCUGCCGCGUUAUAAAGUAAGAAAAAAAAUAUAUAUAACAUUAAAUCAAAAUGGGAAAGCUAACUUCACAGUUAAAAUCAGCAUACUCAAAACAGCAAAUGCAGUAUGUUUGCAUAAACUGUGGUCAUCCUAUAGCCGAAUUGUAUCGAAAGUAUAGUAAUACUGCAAUCAAAACAAAUCAAUGCGAAAAUUGUCACAAAGUGGCGGACAAAUAUAUUGAAUUUGAUCCGAUAAUAAUUCUGGUGGAUGCGAUGCUAUUGUCCCAAGAGUCUUAUAAGCAUAUGCUACAUAACCGAGAUUUUAAGCUGAACUGGAAAUUAUCACUUGUGCUGCUGCUUCUAGAGUCUUUCGCAUUAUGGAGACAGAAAGGAAGCAUUAAACAGGAUUCUUUGCAAAAUGAAAUUAUCAGCGAAAAGGGCUUUUAUAUAUGCUGCUUGCAAAAUAUUAUUGAUUAUUGCAUUACUACUUUGAUUCUGUUUGCUGUGACGUGUGUACACAAUCCGCGGCUGGUUGAAAGCACGGGUUAUAACAAAUUUGCUUUAAUUUUAUUAAAGGCUUUAACAAUAGCAAAUUUUUCUAAAAUUUUCCUCCUACCGCUGAUAGUGUGGCGUGAGAAUACUACAGAUUUGGGUGCAAACAUUCACCAAAUACUUGUCAAAGGACAUCACCUACUUUCUUUGGUUUAUAUUUAUGCAAUAGUUGGAAAUGUUCAAAAGCUGCAAUCUUUUUUCAUUAUAUUGCCCGUGUAUUUAGCAAAGGAGUAUAUUAAGCGCCAUAUAUCUACUUAUUUAGAAUUUUAUUUAUGAGUAACCUAAGAAAUAAAUGUUUAAUUAAUAUAUGUCACGCAAAUUCCAAAACAAAAAAAAAAAAUAAUGCAGCGAGUAUUAAAUUUUUCGUAUGUCCUGUACUUUAUUUAGGUUUUUGUUAUCGAUGCCUUGUUUUACCAUUAUAUGCUACACAUUAUAUGUACCUAUCAAAAAUUUUGAUAUACAUAUACAUAUUAAAGAUUUAUUUACAUAAAUAUGAA